GGGGUAGAGGGUGUUGUUCAGGUCGAUCUGAAGGCGCAGAAAUAGCUAGAACUGAAUGCGGAAAGUAUGGAAAAACAUCUCGUAAUGUAUUUAACCAGAAAAUCGAUUAUGCUUCCGCGGAAGUAUCUACUCGUUACGGAAUCUCAGGUGUCAAAGUGUGGAUUUCAUAUAGUAAAAAAAAAAAGGGACGUGCUAUAUCCGAAACGUACGAAAUUUAGUAAAUAUCGUAAAGGCAGAUGUAGUAGGGGUUGCGAACCAGACGGAACAAAACUAGGUUUUGGAAGAUAUGGCACUCAAAGUUGUAGAGCUGGUCGUCUUUCAUAUCGAGCCAUUGAAGCAGCGCGUCGGGCUAUAAUCGGACACUUCCAUCGUGCUAUGAGCGGACAAUUCCGAAAAAAUGGUAAGAUAUGGGUAAGAGUUUUCGCGGAUAUCCCUAUUACCGGGAAACCUACAGAAGUCAGAAUGGGAAGAGGAAAGGGAAAUCCUACGGGUUGGAUUGCUCGUGUGUCCACGGGACAAGUCCUAUUUGAAAUGGAUGGUGUGAAUUUUGCAAAUGCUCGACAAGCCGCUACAUUAGCGGCGCAUAAACCAUGUUCGUCAACCAAGUUUGUUAAGUGGUCGUAACGUAAUUGGUUAGUGGGGAAAAACCGGGCCGGGAUUCAAAAGAAUUAGGCGAAGGGUGGGGGGUCGGGCCCUCUCCUUUGCAUUAUGUCAGUUGGGCCUCCCCGGGUGUUUUUCCUUCCUUAUUUGUUUA